CAACAACUUAAGCCGGAUUCAAUGGGAAACACAAAAUCGCAAUAAUUGACAAAUCCAGUUAAAAACUGUCCAAUUCCCCAAAAGCGAACACAAAACCGGCACUAAAAAUAACUUAAAGACCAGGCCAAAAAAGAAGGGCAAGAAACAACGGAGACUGAGCCCUGAAAUUGCCCCAGAAAAUUGCAUAAAAUUGCAACUAGCCAACAGGAAGUGGAGAAGUGACAAGCAGAGAUACGACAAGGAUAACCAAAGGACACAGACGGGAUAAGGAAUAGGAACGGGGUCAAUCAUUUACUGCACGAUUGCCAGCACCGACCAACGAACUGAAAGUUUAAUUGCCUCUGUUAUUCGUCGAAAAAAGAAAGAUAGAAAAAUCAAAAACGGAAACGUAGUCCAGGCGAAUGCAACAAUUAAAAUCAAAAACUUUUGGACAAGAUGAUGCUGCCUACGCCGUGGCGACAACAAAUCCCAACUGCUGAGCGCAUCCAUCGACAGCCAUUCCGAGCCUAAGAUCCUGUGCAGAAUCAAGGAUACGAACAGAGCAGAAUCCUUCGAGCGAAAGAAACGGACUGAGACUGAACGAUAGAUUUGGGGAGAAAGCACGCUGGCGAGUGGCGGGGCUUUUAAAUCGUCUGCUUCUAAUUUGAAUGGACUCAGCCGCAUUCGACAUUCAAAUGCAUAUUUGGAAACUUUUGUUAAUUGUUACAAAAUUUGUACGCAUUGGUAUUGCCGACAAAAACGAUUCACCACCAUAUUUCGAUAGAUUUCUGUACGAGACUGAAAUCGAUGAAAGUGCCGACUUGCAGAGCACUGUCCUCACUGUCAACGCCAAGGAUCACAAUGAGUCGACGAAUAUUCGAUACCAGAUCACAGGCGGUAACAUAGGCAAUGCCUUCGCCGUACAAAACACCACCGGUGUCAUUUACGUGGCAAGUCCACUUGACUACGAAACUCGGCCAAGGUAUGAACUGCGCUUAGAGGCCACCAGAAAUCGCAAAAAUAAUUACACCACCGUUGUGAUCAACGUUCGCGAUGUCAACGAUAAUCCACCGGUAUUCGAUCGUCAAACAUAUCGCACACAAAUCACCGAAGAAGACGAUCGCAAUCUGCCCAAACGCAUUCUGCAGGUCACAGCCACCGACGGCGAUGUAGAUAGACCAAUAAAUAUUGUAUAUUUCCUGACUGGCCAGGGCAUCGACCCUGAUAAUCCAGCGAAUAGUAAAUUUGAUAUAAAUCGCACGACGGGCGAUAUUUUUGUACUCAAGCCCCUGGACCGAGAUCAGCCCAAUGGCAGGCCACAGUGGCGCUUCACAGUAUUCGCACAAGACGAGGGCGGCGAGGGCCUGGUCGGAUAUGCGGACAUCCAGGUUAAUCUGAAGGACAUCAACGACAAUGCACCACAGUUUCCGCAGGGCAUCUACUUUGGCAAUGUCACCGAAAACGGAACAGCCGGCAGCUCAGUGAUGACCAUGUCUGCCGUCGACUACGAUGAUCCCAACGAGAGCACCAAUGCCAAGCUCAUCUACUCGAUUGAGAAGAACGUCAUCGAAGAGGAGACAGGGGCGCCCAUCUUUGAAAUCGAGCCGGAGACGGGCCUCAUCAAAACAGCGGUCUGCUGUCUGGACAGGGAGCGAACGCCCGACUACUCGAUCCAGGUGGUGGCCAUGGAUGGUGGUGGUCUGAAAGGGACCGGGACCGCCUCGAUUCGCGUCAAGGACCUCAACGACAUGCCACCGCAGUUCACCAAGGACGAGUGGUUCACGGAGGUGGACGAAACGAAUGGCACUUACAUCCCAGAAACGCCCAUUCUCACGGUUACCGUUCAGGACGAGGACGAAACGAACACGUUCCAAUACAAAGUGGUGCCGAAUAGUGGUUUCGGGGCGGACAAAUUUGCGAUGGUGCGGAAUGCCGAUGGAACGGGCUCACUGAAAAUCAUACAGCCACUGGACUACGAGGAUCCGCUACAAAGCAGUGGAUUCCGGUUUCGCAUACAGGUCAACGAUAAAGGCGAUGAUGGACCAAAUAGCAGUGAUAAGUAUCAUGUGGCGUAUUCGUGGGUGGUGGUAAAACUUCGAGAUAUCAACGAUAAUGUGCCCAAAUUCGACCGGGAGCACAUAGAAGUCUCCAUCUACGAGGAUACGAAAGUGGGAACUAUUCUCGAGCAAUUUAAGGCCACCGAUGCCGAUCAAGGAGGUCAUUCCACAGUACUUUACAAAAUUGUUCGCUCCACAAAUCGUAAAAGACAGUUUGCCAUAAGUGACAAAGGAGCUGUCAGCAUACAGAGACCUUUGGAUAGAGAAACCAUGGAUCGGCAUCAUAUUCAGAUUUUAGCUAUCGAUGACGGCAGCCCUGCUCGAACUGCCACUGCAACUCUAACCGUUAUAGUUAAGGAUGUCAAUGAUAAUGCUCCGACGUUUGCCCAGGACUAUAAGCCAACUUUGCCAGAGAAUGUAUCUGGUAAAAAGAUACUGGAAGUGGCAGCCAAGGAUGCAGAUGAUAGGCAACGGGGCAAUGGAGGACCCUUCACAUUUCGAUUGGAUCCCUUGGCCAGCGAUGAAAUAAGGGCAGGCUUUAAGGUGGAAUAUGAUCGCAGAGGUGACAAUGGAAAUGGGGUGGCCAUCAUCUCAUCCCUUCGUCCCUUUGAUCGCGAGGUGCAAAAGAGCUAUGCCAUUCCCAUCGAAAUCAAGGAUAAUGGAGCUCCAGCGAUGACUGGAACCAGUACUUUGACCAUAACUAUAGGCGAUGUUAAUGAUAAUAAAAUGCAGCCAGGUAGCAAGUCCGUGCUGGUAUAUAACUACCAAGGACAGUCUCAGGAUACGCAAAUUGGAAGAGUAUACGUCAACGAUCCCGAUGAUUGGGAUGUUCCGGAUAAGAAAUACUACUGGGAGGUUCAGGAACACCAAAGAUUCAAACUGGAUACCGAUACUGGAAUUUUGACAAUGAGAGCUGGUACACGAAGAGGUCGCUAUCAGCUUAAGUUUAAGGUUUACGAUCGUGAGCAUGGUCAGGAGGAUAUACCCGCAAAUUUGAGUGUUACAGUGCGAGACAUAACAGCAGAGGCUGUGCAGCAAGCUGGUUCCAUGAGGUUGGCUCACAUCACAGAUGAGGAUUUCGUGAGAACUUGGAAUCCGGUUAAGAAUCAAGUGGAGCCCUCUAAACUAGAAAGGUUCCGCAACAAACUGGCCGAGUUACUAUAUACAGAUCGAGAUAAUGUGGAUGUCUUUAGUGUCCAACUAAAGGAAGGUUCUUCCUAUCCCCUCACAGACGUUCACUUUGCUGCCCGUUCUGCAACUCAGCAACCAUAUUUCAAAUCAGUUCGAUUAAAUGGAGUGGUUCAGAUGCAUCGUGAAGAGAUUGAACAUGAAGUGGGCCUAAAUAUCACUAUGGUUAAUAUAAACGAGUGCUUGCAUGAAGGUAAAAAUAAGUGUGGUUCCAAUUCCUGUACCUCCAAAGUAGAGUUAGGUAAGAAGCCCUAUACAGUUAGUGUAAAUCGCACUGCUUUGGUUGGCGUUCGGUUGGAUAUCACGGCUCAGUGUGUUUGCCGGGCCAGGAACUUUACCAAUCAUGAUCAUAACUGCAGAUCUCACCUCUGUUAUAAUGGCGGAAGAUGUGUGGAGACCCGAACUGGUCCGAAAUGCGUAGCAUGUCCCGUGGGCUAUAAUGGGCCUCGAUGCCAGCAAUCCACAAGGAGUUUUCGCGGCAAUGGUUGGGCCUGGUAUCCUCCACUUCAACUCUGUCAGGAGUCUCAUCUCAGUUUGGAGUUCAUCACUCGUGUUGCAGAUGGCUUAAUUCUCUACAAUGGACCAAUAGUCCCACCAAAACUUGAAGAAUCCGUGAUUAGCGACUUUAUAGCCAUAGAACUGGCGCAGGGCAAUCCGAGGCUUCUCAUGGAUUUCGGUUCAGGAACCUUGGAACUGCGGGUAAAGACCAAGAAAACCCUGGAUGAUGGUGUCUGGCAUCGUUUAGACAUAUUCUGGGACACCGAGAAUGUCCGAAUGGUUGUGGACUUUUGUCGCACAGCCUUGGUUUCCGAAAUGGAGGAUGGCACUCCGCCGGAAUUCGAUGAUAAUGCCUGCCAGGCGAGAGGACAAAUUCCACCGUUUUCAGAGCAACUGAAUCUAAAUCAGCCCCUUCAAUUAGGUGGACUUUACAGGCAACACUUUGAUCAAACUCUUUACAAUUGGCAGUAUGCUUUUAGCUCCAAAGGAUUCGAUGGUUGUAUACGAAACGUAAUCCAUAACUCCGAGCACUAUGAUUUGGCUUUCCCUGCUUUGGCCAGGAAUAGUUUUCCCGCCUGUCCGCAAACCGAUGAAGUUUGCCUAAAAACCGAACAUACAGCUCGUUGUUGGGAGCAUGGAAAUUGUGUGGCAAGUUUGGUUCAAGCCAAGUGCCAUUGUCAACCGGGUUGGAUGGGUCCGGGUUGCAAUGUGCCCACAAUUCCUACGACUUUCAAGGCCCAAAGCUAUGUGAAAUUUGCCCUCAGCUUCGAACCGGACCGGUUUUCCACCCAACUUCAGCUGAGAUUUCGAACUCGAGAGCAGGGUGGCGAGCUUUUCCGGGUUAGUGAUCAACAUCAUAGGGAGUACGCCAUCCUGGAACUCCGAAGAGGCCAUCUACAAUUCCGCUUUAAUCUGAAUUCACUGAGAAACGAGGAACAAUUGCUGACCUUAACCGCAGUCGCAGUAAACGAUGGACAAUGGCAUGUGAUUCGCAUUAGUCGAUAUGGAUCGGCGGCACUGAUGGAACUGGAUGGCGGGGAAUCGAGACGGUACAAUGAAUCUUUUCACUUUACAGGACAUCAGUGGCUAAGCAUCGACAAGCAGGAGGGUGUUUAUGCGGGCGGCAAGGCCGAGUAUACGGGAAUCAAGACCUUUGAGGUGCAGUCCGACUUUCAAAGGAGCUGCUUAGACGACAUCAGACUGGAUGGAAAACACCUGCCACUUCCGCCCGCCAUGAAUGGGACCCAGUGGGGACAGGCGACGAUGGCCCGCAAUCUCGAACGUAACUGCCCCUCGAAUAGGCCCUGCUCGAAUGUCAUCUGCCCAGAUCCCUUUGACUGCGUCGACUUGUGGAACGAAUACGAAUGCACUUGCAGCGAGGGUCGCAUCAUGUCCUCGGACACCAAGGGAUGUGUGGAUCGGAACGAAUGCCUGGACCUACCCUGUCUGAAUGGAGCCACCUGCAUCAAUCUGGAGCCCCGACUCCGCUAUCGAUGCAUCUGUCCGGAGGGCUAUUGGGGCGAAAACUGUGAGCUGGUGCAGGAGGGACAGCGCCUGAAGCUGAGCAUGGGAGCCCUGGGUGCCAUAUUCGUUUGCCUCAUUAUCAUACUGAUUCUCGCCCUGAUCUUUGUGAUAUAUAGCCGCAAACGUAAGACGACCAAAAAGAAGAAGCGCUCAGGUCCCGAGAAGGAUGUCCGGGAGACAGUCAUCAGCUACGAGGACGAGGGCGGCGGCGAGGAUGACAUGACGGCCUUCGACAUUACGCCACUGCAAAUACCAAUCAGCGCCCAGGGAGGACCGCCGGACAUUGCCGCCUGCAAGAUGCCCAUAAUCUACCCCGUGAUGACGCUGCUGCCACCUGGCCAGGAGCUGAACGUGGCCUAUCUGAUGGAGGAGCGCAAGCAACGCAUCGACAAGGACAGCAACGCACCGCCCUUCGACGACCUGAGGAACUUCACCUUCGAGGGCAGCGGCAGCAUAGCUGAGUCGUUAAGCUCGCUAGCCUCCGGCACUGAUGAUGAGAAUCAAGACUUUAACUAUCUACAGAACUGGGGUCCACGUUUCAAUGCUCUGGCGGCUAUGUACGUGCACGAUAAGGCGAAAGCCAAGCAGCUCCCAUCGGAUGGCGGAGGAGGAUCUACGGAUGGACCCGGAGCCUCAUCAUCAUCGCCAUUGGGAGCAGGAGGUGGCGGAGUCUUGAUACCGGGCGAUGUCCUAGCCGUGGUGGCAACGGGAAGCGGGGCAGGUCCUGGAGGCGGCGGCGGUGCCAGUGGGUUAAUGGCCCUGGCUGAUGUCGACAAAGUUGUAUUAUAAAAAUAAAUAGUUAAGUUGUAGUUAAAAUGAUGUUUCAGCUGUAAGCACUAGGGUGGGAGCAAACUCCCAACCGAAAACAGGUGUUUUGUGUAUUCGUGUGUCUGGUUAGGGUUAAUUGUAUGUACUUGUGGCUAACUGUGGAAUUUAAGACUAACUUAAGGUUUUAGGUGUUUUCUCAAAUCUCACAUAGGAUAUUGAGGGGCUUAAAUGGAUAUCUGGUUAUAACCAUAGAAUAUAUCCUUCUCUCGCUUCUCCCUGAAACUACACAAUGAAAUCGACUUUCUAUUCAAUUUAGGAAUUACGCAUAUUUAAUUACAAAUAAUAUUUAAAACAUUUAUAGAUCCUGUUAAACUGUAUUCUGUUAUUCUAUGGCUAAAGCUGUUUUAGAAAUAGUAAAAUUAAAUGCUACUUGUGUUAUUGUGUCCUAUUUUUAAAGAUUAAUAUUAAAAUGCAUUUAAGCUUUAAACCUAUCGCUUAUCCACGAGAUAAUGCUAAACUAUCGAGGAUAUAACAUUCCCUUGACACCUUCUUUCAAGAAUCUUUCUGUGUCUUCCUUUCAAAGCUCAUCUUAUCGAUGACAUUCAACUGAACCAACUGAGAAAUCAAUGAGUAGUAAAAACAAAUAAAACGAUAUGACUAUAUUAAGCAUACUACAAUGAAAAAGAGUUUAUAAAACUUGCUAUAUAUUAGUUAAAGGCCCUGUAUAAAUACGGCGUUAACUCUAUAGCACGUAAGUUGAACCAAAAUGAAACUAAACCGAAAUUUCAACCAUCCUCCCAGAAAAUGUUGAGCGUUGCAACUUUUGUGUGCCACCAACAGGGGGAACGUGUCCGAUUGCCACCAAACCAGGUGGCACCUGAAAACCGUGGGUAGAAAAACCAACGCUGAAAGCUGCCACCAAAACCCAUGCAGCCACAAAAGUUUGCAGAGCAAAGUAGAAAUUUAAUAAGAGGAAAAAAAUCAUAACUAACUUUGGUGAAAAUUAAAGGUAAAUGAGGGAAACUCUACUGUAACAUAAUUUUUGUACAUACGAAAUUCUGUAAUUCUACAAUUAAAUUAAUGGCUAUUAUAGCGGAGAAAUACAAAAUAAACAUAAAACAACUAAUAGACUAAUUAACUACAAUUAAACCUACAUUUAAUUACCGACAUAAAAAAGAAACAGAAGCCGAAAACAAUUACGAGUGUUGAUCAAACCAAUUUCAUAUUUCUGCAUUUACUAGUAACUACACAACCAGUACAGAAAAUGAAAGUAUUAAUAAUAAUAUUGUAAUAUGUAUUAAAUUAUGAGUCAUACAAAAAAAUAAAUGGUUAUUACAUUUACGUUAGUUAAUGGACAAUUUGUUAGUAGUUAGCAUCUAAGCAUAAUUUUUAAAAAAAAUCAAUAAAGACCCAAGAAAAAAUAA